AUGAGUAACCUCCAUCUGCCGGCUGGGCAGAGCAUACACCACCAAGGGAGCGGCGGCGGUGCGGUGAACAUGGCCGGCACUCCUGGAGGCGGCCCCCGGCGGCGGCAGCAUCAGUACAUGCCGCAGUAUCCUCAGCAGCACAUGGCGCCCAUGUAUCCAAACUACGGACACUACGGGCCUCAGGGAUACUACGGGAUGCCACCCCAGUUCCAGAACGGCGGAGUCCCCUCCGGAGUCCCAGCUCCCGGCUACGCUCCCUAUCAGGCUUACCACGCGAGGUCGCCGCCUGCGAUGCCCCAUUACGUGCCCAUGGUUGGCGUUACCGUCCCGUCCAACUAUCCCCGUCACUCGCAGCACUCGCCCAACCUCUCGACGCCCCAUCAAGCUCCUCCUCCGGCUCCGGCGCCCAUGCCACCCCAUACGCCGUCGUCGACUCAUUCGUCCCAGGUGAUCCCCCCGACUCCUCCGACGCCGCAGAUGGUCGAGCACGUCACCGCAGUUCCACAGCCGCUCCCUCCGCAUUUUGACGGCUCGCUCGACGUGGAACGAAAGCCUUUCCGACCGCCCCUGCCUUGGCUAUCCCAGCCCGACCUCAGCUUCCCCUCUAGAGCGCCACGAUCUAGACGGCGGAGAAGGCUGCUGAACGCCGACGGCGCCGCCGUGUCCUUACCCCUUGAGCAACAGCAGGGCACGACGCCGGCGAGGAGCCUGCAGGCUUCCGACAACACGGCCGGGGUCACGCCAACCUCCCAAUCCGCCAACGUCGACACUCCAUCCACCAAGGCCUCGGAUGCCAAGUCCACUCCGCCCUCCCCGACGGCGAAACGUGCGAAGCAACCAGAGGCCGCCAUCGCCAAGGAGGUUACGGCCCAUGGCGAUGCACCUUCGGCGAGCCCCACCAGCUCCAUUGUCCCUGCUCUGCCGAGGCCGGCUUCCAAGGCGUCCAGCACCAGCAAGCCACAGGACGUCACCAAGGUGGCCUCUGAUAUUCAACCUCACGCGCCCGCCGCCGUGAACGGCGCGCCGCCCACCGUCGAGGAGGCUGCUGCGGGGCAGACGGCGGAAGCGAAGAGUCCCAGCGUCACCAGUUCUCCGGCCAAGCCCGCCCCGACAAGUUGGGCCAAUCUUUUCGCGAAGCCCUCCGCCCACGCGCCCGUUGGCGGCGGCGGAUCGGGUGGAUCAGUCAACGGCGGUGGAAAUGCCGCCAGUGCCUUUUCCAAGACCAACGCCAGCUCGCUCGCCGAUGCCAUCCGUGCCUACCAGGUUGGCAGCUGCGACAAACUCUCCUUUCUCGAGCCGCGCGGUCUCAUCAACACGGGCAACAUGUGCUACAUGAACUCGGUUCUUCAAGUUCUCAUGUUCUGCGUUCCCUUUUACGAUUUCUUGUGCCAAGUCAGCAAGAGAGCUGUGCACAGCUUCAAGAGCGAGACUCCUCUCGUAGACGCCAUGGUCAUGUUCAUGCACGAGUACAACGUCGUCGCAUCCGCCCUGUCCGCCGAUCAGCUUCAGCGUACGUUGAAGAAUGAGGAGCUCGAGAAGUACGGCGAGCCCUUCACCCCCGAAUUCGUGUACGAAGCCAUAAGACAGCUGUCGCGAUUCGCCAGCAUGAGGGCAAGUUCGACGCGUUCCGUGAACCUCGCCGGACAACUGCUAACUGUCCAGCAGCGCGGCCAUCAGCAGGACGCCGAAGAGUUUCUCGGCUUCCUCCUCCAGUCUCUCAACGACGAGUGCGCCCAUGUGAUGAACAGCUCGCAGGCGGCCGACGCCGACUCGGCGUCCGUCAAUCUCACGGCGAGCCAGAGCUCGACGGCAUCUGGCGACUGGCAUGAAGUCGGCCGCAAGCAGCGUGCCGCCGUCACGCGCUCGUCGGGCUCCAACUCGUCGACGCCCAUCACCAAGAUGUUUGGCGGCCUGCUUCGGUCCGAGCUCCGCGUGCCCGGCCUCAAGGACUCCAUCACGACAGAACCGUACCAGCCGCUCCAGCUCGACAUCGGAUCGCCCGAGGUGCGUAACGUCGUCGACGCGCUGCGUGGCCUGACGCGCCCCGAGCGCCUCCAGGGAGACUUCAACUCGCCCCGCGGCAAGGACGUGCUGGCGACGAAGCAAGUCUUCAUCGAGUCCCUGCCACCGGUUCUCAUCCUCCACCUCAAACGCUUCCAGUUCGACGCCGAAGGCCACGGCACCAUUAAGAUCUGGAAGCGGGUCGGCUACCCGCUGGAGCUCGAGAUCCCCCGUGAGGCCCUGUCUAGGCAGACUCUCCACGCCAUCGGCGACGGCCCGAUGCCGAGGUACAAUCUCAUCAGCGUUGUCUACCACCACGGCAAGAAUGCAAGCGGCGGUCACUACACGGUGGAUGUGCGUAGGCAAGAUGGCCGCGAAUGGAUCCGCAUGGACGACACCGUCCUCCGCCGCGUCCGCAGCGAGGACGUGGCCGAGGGCGGCUCGAAGGAAGACGGAAGGGACGUUCGCGGCGAUCAUUCGCCAGCCGCCGGCGCGGGAAACCGAUUUGGCGCCAUGAACGAUCAGGAUGCAGGGGACGAUGACGGCUGGAAGCAGGUGACGACGUCGGCCGGUGGCAACAAGCGGUGGAGCAGCGUCGUCAACGGCGUCAACGGAUCGGCAAAGGAAAAGCAGGUGAAGGAGAGCAUCAAGGACAACAAGGUCGCAUACCUGCUAUUUUACCAGCGCAUUUGA